AUGGCUAGUCGUCAAUCUAGGUUAGAGGCUGAAAAGUUGGCCAUUAUCCAAAAAUCCAUGUCAAAUAGGGGACGCUCAGUUUCCCCAUCAAGAUCUGGAAAUAAUAGCAGAUCAUCCUCAACCCUGGACGAAAGAUUUAAUAAAGAUUUGAAAUGGUCAAUAACUAAUCAUGACCCACUGGAGAGAUUGAAGAGAACCAGCAAGAACGGUGACAAUAGUCGUGAAGAUGAUGAAGAUAAUGAUUUUUGGGAUAAUGAAGUGAGUGAAGAAGAACAUAUUAGUGAUGAUGAUGAUAACGAGAAAUUUCAAUAUGACGACACUGGGAAUAUUUUACCAAAUUAUGCAUGUCACGAUGAAAAAAUCAAUGAGAUAUCGUCAAUUCUUGAAAAUUCAAAUUUGAAUGAUCGAUCAACAGUUAGAAAAUUAGAACAAUUGACAGCUCAUGAACGGGGGUUUGCAAAUGCUAAAUCUACUGGUAAUUCAGUAAAUGAAAAUCUAUUGAAGAAGUUAGAAACAGAUAAACAGGCCCUUACUGGUAAUGAAGAGUUGGAUUUGUUAAAAACUGAUCAAGAUGAAAAGUCAAGAAAACAAAAGUUGGAAAACUAUUCGAAUUAUCGUAAAAAAAUUGUUGACCAAGAGAAUGAAAAUUUGAAAAGUAAUGAUCCAAAUGAAGUUGAUCCAGUUGAUAAAGAAAGUUCUCCUGAAUCAGAUAAUAACAAAGAGUAUAUGAUUCCUUACACCUCUGCUGUCGAAGAUAAGUUGGAUUCAGAAUUUGCUUCAAAAUUGAAUGAGACCAUCAAAGAAGGGGAAAUUGAUUCGAAUAAAAAUCAAUCAAGAGUGAUCCAAACUAUAACCCGUGGUAAUUUUUUUCAACUUAUCAAUCCAAAGGUUAAACCAAAGAUGUUUUUAGUUUGUAUGGAUUUUUCUCCGGAAUCAAUUUUUGCAUUAGAAUGGUGCCUUGGUACGGUUUUGGUUGACGGUUCAGUUUUAUUUAUUGUUUAUGUUAUCGAAGAAAAUGAUACUAAUCACCACUUGAAGGGAAAUACUCUAAAUGAAUCUAGCAGAGAAAAUUUCCGUAUUAAUAUGUUAAAUAAAGCAAAACAACAAGUUUUAAAUUUAUUAAAAUUAACAAAGUUACAAAUUCAUAUAGUUAUUGAAAUAAUUCAUCACCCAAUUCCAAGACACUUGAUCAUUGAAUUAAUCGACAAUUUACAACCUACCUUGGUUGUGGUUGGUUCAAAAGGUCAAAGUGCCAUUAAGGGGGUUUUAUUGGGUUCAUUGUCUAAUUAUUUGGUUACUAAAUCAACAGUUCCUGUUAUGGUUGUCAGAGAAAAAUUAAAGAAAAUUAAUAGAUUUAAAAGUGGUUCUUCUAUUUUCUCUAAUAAUAUCAAACCAUUAACUUUAUCAGAAGCUAGAAUUGAUUAA